AUGGUAAUCCUUUUGUUCCUCGUUUGUUAUAUAUGGUGUGUUACCGCCGUUGAAGAAAAUCUUGAAUUGCUUCAUUCCAAAAUUAAGGUCCACUAUAAUCAAGUAAUUACUAAUGAUAUCGAAGCAAGCUUCACAAAUGAAAGGAAAUCUAUGUCUUCCACAAGAUCUAUUAUUCUUUCUGAAAACUAUCUUUCAGAUCCUGAUCAACUUAUCACGCUUGGUCUAUCUGGACUCAUUAAAAGUUCAUAUUCAAUUAGUGUCCUAAUGCCACCAAAUAGCACCCAAACCACAAGUUACUUGGUUCCAUCUGGAUCCCAGCUCUUAAUGGUGUUUUAUAUAGAUAAUGGCUUCGUCACUGAAAUUGAUGAUACUGAACCUUUCACACCUCUUUGUAUUGCAAAGUAUUCUUGGCUUCAAGAGGUCUUCGCGGUUAUUCCUUACGAUUACAUUGAAACUAAUUUUGAUGUUGAUGCGGCUGAAAUCAUUUCCCAAUUAGAUAGCAGUGCUCCUGAAAGUUUGCAUGCAAAUAUGAACUUAGACAGUAUGCCUUAUUUUGUAAUGGCGUUCAAGACUGAGGCUCCCUCACCAAUUUUCAAUCACACUCAAAUGGAAAGAAAUAAUUCUUACAUGUUUAAAGAAUAUAAUGACAGUAGAACAUACCUUGACAUGAUAGCAAGUCAAUGGACUGAUAGAUUCGGCAUUGACUCGUUUGCACGUACCAAUUAUUGCAUCAUAAAUGAAACCCAAGGGAAUUGCUUAAACAUAGAUGAGAUAGAUGGAACUAUCAACGUUUCUCCUUUUGAAAUCGAAAAUACCAGAAAAAAGAGAACCGUGAAAGAUGAGAAAUUUGAUUUGCAAAAAAUGAAUAUUGAAAUUCAGAAAUUGAAAGAUAUUGAUAUAAAUCAAAUGGUGGAUGGUGAUGAAAAGAUCAUGAAUAUUGUAGAACCUGGAUUAGAAAAUAACCAGUUUGCAAAAAGGUCAAGAGUAAAAAAGGCAUUGAAACCAGAAUCUCAAGAUUUAAAAGAGCUUAGAGAAAGUCUACUUUACUCAAAAGAGACAAUUGCAAGUAUUUUCAAUUCUUUGAAAAAAAUGACUACUGAAAAUCUUAGUGAAAGUACUCGACAAAACCUCACCAACUUUGGCAAGAAGGUAGGGGAUUUAUUGGCAACUGGGGAAUUUAAAUUAUCCAUUCAGGUAAACAAUGACAGCAAGGGAAUGGAAUCCAAAACAUAUUCCCAUGAAUUGAACAUUUAG